AUGAACUUUGGCCGCGGCCCCUCGGUGGUGUUGAACGUCGGGGGCACCCGGUACUCCUUCUCCCGGGAGGUGCUGAAGGAUUUCCCGCUGCGGCGGGUGAGCCGCCUGCACGGCUGCCUCUCGGAGCAGGACGUGCUGGAGGUGUGCGACGACUACGACCGGGAGCGGAACGAGUACUUCUUCGACCGGCACUCGGAGGCCUUCGGCUUCAUCAUGCUGUACGUGCGGCACGGCCACCUGCGCUUCGUGCCGCACAUGUGCGAGCUCUCCUUCUACAACGAGAUGAUCUACUGGGGGCUGGAGGGCUCCCACCUCGACUACUGCUGCCAGCGCCGCCUCGACGACCGCAUGUCCGAGACGUGCACCUACUACGCGGCGGAGGAGCCGCCGGGGGAGCCGGCCGGCGGCCCCGAGGGCAAGGGCCGGCGGCCGCCGGGAGCCGAGGGCGGGAAGUGGCUGGAGAGGAUGAGGAGGACUUUCGAGGAGCCCACGUCUUCCGUGGCCGCCCAGAUCCUGGCCACCGUCUCCAUCCUCUUCGUCAUCGUGUCCAUGGUGGUGCUGUGCGCCAGCACCCUGCCCGAGUGGCGGGCGCCGGAGAACCGCAGCGUGGAGGAGCAGAGCAGGUACACAGCAGAGUCAGUGAGGGAGCCCUCAGGGAUAAUUGAAGCUAUCUGCAUAGGCUGGUUCACUGCAGAGUGCAUUGUGAGGUUCAUCGUCUCCAAAAACAAGUGUGAGUUUGUCAGAAGACCUCUCAACAUCAUUGAUUUACUGGCAAUUACUCCUUACUACAUCUCUGUUCUAAUGACAGUUUUCACAGGGGAAAAUUCGCAGCUUCAGAGGGCUGGAGUCACCCUGAGGGUCUUAAGAAUGAUGAGGAUUUUUUGGGUGAUUAAACUGGCUCGUCAUUUCAUUGGCCUUCAAACACUUGGUCUGACUCUGAAGCGUUGUUACAGAGAGAUGGUGAUGCUACUUGUCUUUAUCUGUGUUGCUAUGGCAAUUUUCAGUGCACUUUCCCAGCUUCUUGAAAAUGGGCUGGACUUGGGAACCAAGAAUAAGGAUUAUGCCAGCAUUCCUGCUGCUUGUUGGUGGGUGAUCAUCUCAAUGACCACGGUUGGUUAUGGUGACAUGUGUCCCAUCACUGUACCAGGAAGGAUUCUUGGAGGAAUUUGUGUGGUUAGUGGCAUCGUUUUAUUAGCCUUGCCGAUCACUUUCAUUUAUCACAGCUUUGUGCAAUGUUACCAUGAGCUCAAGUUCCGAUCCGCUAGGUACAGUAGAAGCCUCUCUGCUGAAUUCUUAAAUUGACCAAACUUGCAUUCUGUUGUAGUUACUUGCUAAGCUUUGUCUUAGAAGAGAAUGGUGGAAGGUCCCUUCGCGUGUCCUCCUUGACUGGAUGGUCCUAUGGAACAACAUUCUCGCCAGCCUGGAGAAAGCCCGUCACCAUUCAGACAGGAAGGAUGGCCAUCUGCCUUGGGCACCUUGCAGGGAGAGGGAGCGAUGUUUCAAAUUUGAGAGAACAAAAUUAACAAAAGAGGAUUCAGAAGUCCUCAACCAGACCAGUUUGGUCUUCAGUUUGCCUUUCCACACAAAACCAGAACAAAAAAUGGGCUUAACGCUGAGAUAUGUCAUUCCCAUAAUUACAUCCUAUACCAUUCUAAGCAACGUGUAGCAGAAGUUUUUCAAAGAUUUCAGUAUCUGAAUGCUCCAUAGAGGCAUCGAUAACUUCUUGCCUGAAGUAUCUCCACUUUUAACUCAGAUAACAGAAUUAGAUACUGAAGGAGAAUCACUGCUACUUUUGAGCUUCGCAACAGAGUAGAGCUGGUUCUGUAACUCAGGAAAGAUGAAGAAUAUAGGUCUGUAGGGCAAAAAUCUUGAGGCCUGAUUCUGAUCUUUGAUGAAGCACACAAAUCUUCUGUAAAACCAGUGAAGUCAGUGGCAUUGCUCUGAAUUUGAUAAUUCAAAGAAGUGCAAGAAGUGCGCCUCUGAAUGUUGUAGCAAGGACUUCCUCAGCCACAAUUAAUUUCUUCUCUGGAACCAAAUUGUUAGUAGAAACAAGUGUUGUACUUUAUAAAGAUCAGCAUAAAAAAAUCAGGCAUUGAUAAAUAUAUUUUCUGGUAGCUUAGUGGGGGAGCUAUCGCAAUUUUACAUACAUUCAGUUCAACUCCAUCCACCUGAAGUUACAUACUCAUAAGCAUAGAUUUUUUUCCUCCCAUUUAAUUAAGCAUAUAUAUCAUAGUGAAAGUUCUCUAAGACAAAUUAUAAGAUUCCAUCACUUGAA